AUGAUGAGAGUAGUAAAAAAAUAUUCGCAGUCGACAGUCGGUAGCGAGCUUCAAAUACGCAGGUUGAAGUGGUUCGAUGACGAAACAAAAAGAUAUAAAUUCGAAAAAUUAUCAUCAGGAUACUUUUUGGGAAAAACAUUUAUUUCAAUAGAAAACGUUGAACUCUGUCCUAUUCCGAAAGUUAACCUUGGCAAAGAAAGCUUCACAUUUUCACUGGAAUCGGAACCAGCAACCUUCUCUGCAAUGCUGCCCUGUACCGGAGAAGCUUUCUGUAAACGGCACACUGAGGAAUUCCUUGGCCCAGCAUCUUCUGCAGAUGGUGAGAUGUCGCAAAAACAUGGCUUAUUUGGCAUAAUCGCUGAAGAAAUUUCUAAGGAUGUCUUCCUUGUGGCAACGGCAGAUUUAGAGAAGGAACCAGUUUUUGAUCAGAGAAGCUUGCCAACAUCGAAUCAGUUUCAACUAGGAAAAUGUAUCAAUUUUUCGAUCGAUGAAGAUGGUAGGGUGAUCAAUGUAACUCCUAGCAAAGAAAAGUUGGACGCCAGACUCGAGAGGAACGGAGCCUUGAUUGUAGAGACGUUCGUAUCUUUCUUCCCGUUAAUUGCCCCGUAUAAUAAAGCUGAGGAAGUUGUAGACAACGCGGUUGCAUAUUCCGUCCACUUUCGUUAUAUAUAUUGCGACUUCAAUUUUUUAUGCGAAGAACGAAAUCGUCUCGUCUGUGGCUAUGUUCAGAGAUUGGUUGGAAACGAGAAAAGACCAUUUAAAGGCUAUUGCUUAUCUUGGAUCUUAAAGGAUGUUUGCCGGUACGAUGUAAAAGAUCAAAGCCUAUUAAGAAAAAUGUUUUCCGAAAGUUACGAUGGCGUUGUCUGCGACGUUUUGGGGGAUGAUGCGAUUGUUUGGUCCGAUGCGAUUCAGACUUCUAAGGUUGUCUUCAUCCUGGGCGUACAAGAUGGUUUAAAAAUUGGAGACUUUGUUCAUUUUGACUGCAGGGCUGUGAAGUUUCCGAUAAAGGGUUGUCACUUACAAGGCAAAAAAUUUGAGAAGAUUAGCGAGUCUACGUACAGUCCUCCAAAUAAUAGGGAUCGUCUUAUUGAAGUCGACCUGUCAACCUUUCCGGGAAAUGAAUUAAGGUUUUUUGAAGAUGAUGUUUUAUUAGAGCAUAGCAUAUUAGGCGGUGUAGCAGUGAAACCGUCAGCUUAUCAGGCAAUGAGAGGGCAAAAAGUAGUGAAAGCUCUUCUACGUUUUGAGAAGCGGUCUUUCAAUAGAAGGAAGGUGUUCUGGUCAUUCGUUAGUUUUUCGCCCUUCCAUCGGCCGCAUGGAUCUAAAGAGACUUCCCAUAACUUAGUUCAAGAGGAUUGCGUUUCAUAUGGUACAAAAAAUAGACCCGCAGGUUCCGGCAGAAUAUUGGAAAGUCAUCAUGUGCAAGAUAUUUUUUCCCAACCGCGCCUCAACCAUUUCAGUGAAGGACAGUCUAACUUAAUAAGGAGUCGUGCUGCUUCUGUUGCUGCGGUUGCUGCUGCUGCUGCUGCUGCUGCAGCUGAUACCGCCCCAUUGCCCCAACCGAAUAGAAGUUUUAAUUCUGAUAGCGCCUCGAAGUAUGUGGACAAGCUUUGUAUUUCUGAAAGACAGGGACACCAUAUUUCGGAGCGGCGGGAGGGCCGUUUUUGGAACCAACAAUCUCGGGGCAGAUUUUUUACGAGUAGGGUCGUGAGGCCCGUCAACAGUAACGAGGGAACGGAUAUGAAAGAAGGUAAUGAUGGUGAUAAUGACCCUCUACGUUCCAUGAUGUUUGGUGCUAACAAGCCGUGUCGUACACAAACUACCUUGACUUGUGCAGAAGAGAGAGGUACGGUUGUGAGUGAUCUUGUAGAGUUUGAUUUUUCAUUUUUAUGA